AUGGCGUCUCUGGAUCCUUCUUUGCAUCUACCACGCAUUCUCUGCAUUCACGGCGGUGGCGUGAACGCUGCGAUAUUCAAAGCACAGUUCCGCGCAUUCCUCAGUCACGAAAAGCUAAAGAACCGAUAUCGGUUCGUCUUCGUCGACGCUCCAUUCUUCUGCGACGAAGGGGUCGGGGUGCAUCCGGUGUAUUCGGACUGGGGCCCUUUCCGAAGGUGGUUCCGCUGGCUUGAGUCUCACCCAGAGAUCGACGCAGCAGCCUGUCAAUACGAGUUGGAAUACGCUAUUGAUCGCUGCAUGGAGAGUGACGCAGGAACAGGAGAAUGGGUAGGGACCCUGGGCUUCAGUCAAGGCGCAAAACUAGCAGCGAGCCUGCUUUACAAGCAGCAGAUCAAGGAGGAAAACGGGCCCUGGAGGUUUGCAAUCAUUCUCGCCGGACGGGCUCCCCUGGUCAGUCUGAGUGAAGAGGCUGAAGGAUUGCCAUGGAUGCAGUCAGCAGGCGGUCUCGCUGACGCCGCCGACCUCGAAAUCAUUCUCGAGCGGCCGGAUAUGAAGCUGAGAAUCCCGACACUGCACGUUCACGGCCUCAAAGAUGAAGGCCUCCAUCUCCACAGGAAGCUGGUUGAAAACUACUGCGCGCCCGGAACAACGACCCUUAUUGAAUGGGAUGGGCCUCACCGCAUUCCCAUCAAGAGAAGCGAUGUCGACAAGAUAGUCGAUGCUUGGAUUGAGCUUGCCGAUGAAUAUGGUGUCUGA